GGAAUUACUUCUUUCGGUCUCUGUUGCAUUUUUCGCGCAAAAAUGCCGGAUCCAGCAAAAUCCGCUCCUGCUCCCAAGAAGGGCUCCAAAAAGGCUGUUACGAAAGUGCAGAAGAAGGACGGCAAGAAGCGCAAGCGCAGCCGCAAGGAGAGCUACUCGGUUUACGUGUACAAGGUGCUGAAGCAGGUCCACCCCGACACCGGCAUCUCGUCCAAGGCCAUGGGCAUCAUGAACUCCUUCGUCAACGACAUCUUCGAGCGCAUCGCAGGAGAGGCGUCCCGCCUGGCGCACUACAACAAGCGCUCCACCAUCACGUCCCGCGAGAUCCAGACGGCCGUGCGCCUGCUGCUGCCCGGCGAGCUGGCCAAGCACGCCGUGUCCGAGGGCACCAAGGCGGUCACCAAGUACACCAGCUCGAACAUUUUCUAGCUGAAGUUACUGUUCUUGCCAACUACUCAGCAUCCAACAUUUUUGCAAGAAAACAAGGAAGAUUUUUUUUCUCUUCAAAUUACAAUCCAAAGAGUGGCAAACAAGGAAGAUGACAGAGUCCGAAGACCUUCAGAUUUCUUUUCUUUGGUCAAGAACUCGUUACACAAUGGAUGACACAUUUUAGGUGGUCCUACUAAAAAGAGACACAAGAAUCUAGAGAGUAUCUCACUGUCAACCAAUCCAAGGAACUUUGCUUUAGAUGGCCAAAGCCAAAAACAGCAAAGUAGAAGAACUACUAGAGCUUUAAGCAGUUCCUUAGUAUUUUUCCUUGGCUUAUCCAAGCCUGGAUACUGGUCCACUUUCCCAAAGAUGGUAAAGAGGUAAUACAGCUUGGGAUUGGUUGGAUACUGAGAGACAGAGAGAGAGAGAGAGAGAGAGAGAGAGAGAGAGAGAGAUCAAUCUAGGUACUGGGCAGCACUCGGCACUCAGAAGAAGCAACACUUGGAGCAAAAAAUGAAGGAUACAGAUUAGUGACGUGAAGUCAGGAGCAAAUGAUCUCAGUUGCUUUACAUGAUCAAAGGGCAAUAACUGCAAAUUACCAGAGGGUAGGUGGAGAUCCAUACCACUUUUUAAUAUUAGUGUUUUUAACACCUAGGAAUGGAAUAUAUCUAAAGAUAAAGGCUUGAUUUCCUCACACCCGCCUUCUCAAUGAUGUUUUGAUUUUGCAAAAGUCUUGGUUUCUAGUUUGUGGGAUUAACAUUUUUCAAUGCAUUGAAGGAAAAUUCUUUAGGCCAGGAGGGAGUCUAAAACAGACUUCAGCCACAGCACAAAUACAACCCUAGGCAAGGGUCAUUCAAUGUUCUUAAGAAAAUUCUAAAUUCUAGGAUGUGAUGGGUUAAUAUUAGGUAUAAAUUUGAUAGGAUUAAAGGAUGCCUAGAUAGCUAAGUAUUGUUUGUCGGUGUGUCUGUGAGGGUGUUGCCAGAGGAGAUUAACAUUUUAGUCAGUGGACUGGGAGAAGAAGACUCACCCUCAAUGUGGGUUGGGACCAUCCAGUUGGCUGCCAGGUGGCUAGAACAAAGCAGGAGAAAGAAGUGGGCUAAGCUGGCUUGCAGAGUCUUCUGGCUUUCAUUUCUCUCCUGUGCUGGAUGCCUCCAUCCAUUCCUCCUGCCUUUGGGCAUGAGACUCCAGGUUCUUUGGACUCUUGGACUUAACACCAGUGGCUGGCCUGAGGCUUUUGGGCUUUCAGCCACAGACUGAAGUCUGCACUGUGGGCUUCCCCACUCUUGAGGCUUUUGGACUCAGACUGAGCCACUACUGGCUUCUUCCUCAGCUUGCAGACGGCCCACUGUGGGACUUUGCCUUGUAAUCAUGUGAGCCAAUUCUCCUUAAUAAACUCCCUUUAAUAUA